CUCUGCACCAACACAAAAUGAAAAGUUCUCUUUCGUUCUCUUUAUUUGUCAUCAAUGCGCAGGUUAUGUUUUGUUUACUCUUAAUCCAAAACCUAAGUUGUAUCAUUUGAUUUAGAUAUAUAUUCUUUGUGAUGUUUGGAAAUCCCCAUUUACUAAAGGGAUUUAUAUUCGUCUUGCUUGCUCCACGACUAUGGAAUGGUGGUGUGUUACACUGUGUCUGUUAUUUAGCAAUUACCUAGAAGAAAAAUGUACCUAAAGAUUAUUUUCUAAAUAUAUUGUGCUGGUUUUAAUUUUAGCAGACAAUACAGGAAUUGAAGAAAAUUAUGUCUGAAGUGCAAGUGCCCAGUGAUGCUGUGGAUUGUAAAACUAUAGAAGCAACAGAUCUUAUUUCAGCAAAUGUGAACCAAGAAAAAGUUGACUUUGAUGAUGUUGAGAAAAAUGAUGAUAAAACCAAUGUUACCUGUAGUGAGGAACAAAGUAAUACAAAUGCCGAAAAACUUUUAGACGAAUAUCAUUAUGUAAAGUCUGGUGAAUAUACGUCAGAAAUGUUCAAAGUUGUUGUUCAAAACUUGCCUCAACGUAUUUCUUAUGGUAGGUUUCGUCAAACUAUUUUAAACAUUCUGGGGUUUAUACCAAAGAAAGUAAAAUACAAUCCAAGAAAUAACUAUGCAUUCCUGGCUUUUAAAGAUGAGAGUGACAGACAAAAAGGAAUGCAACUUUUGGAUAAUUACAAAUGGAAGGAGAAUACACUACACUGUAAAAAAGCUGCUCCAGCAAAAGAUCCUUUUGUAAGGGAAAAUAAAAGAAAAGCUCAACAAAAUCAAGAAUGUGAAAGUGGCUCCAAAAAAUCUAAAGUAUCCGAAGAAGAUGAUGGUCUUUCUCCGGAAGAAAGGAUUUUACAUGUUGUUUGUCCAUAUGCCAAAUACACAUAUGAAGAACAGUUGGAGUUGAAAGAACGUGAGAUGAGCGACUGCAUCAGCAACUUGACUUUCAAAAUGCGAAAAGAGGCAAGGAAUCCAAAGUGGAUGAGAGAAAGAGAGCAGAAGUUGUGCUUGGACCUUUUACCAAUAGAGAAAUCACCCAUCAUUGAAUAUUACCGCAACAAAGUCGAGUUUACAAUCGGUGUUGGACCAGAUGGCAAGGAUAAUACCAUUGGAUUUCGACUCGGUUCAUACAGAGAAGGCAGUAUGCUGAUUGUUGAACCAGUAAAAUGUAUCAACAGCACAAAGGAGUCAAUUGCAAUAGCUAAAGAGUUUCAAACAUAUUUACAAAGUCUUCCGCAUCCUUCAUACAACUUAGCCACACACAUUGGAUUUUGGCAGCAACUAACUGUUAGAACAUGCACAACUGGAAAUAUUAUGUUGAUCAUCCAAGUUAAUUCAUCUUACCUUGAAAAAGAAAAGUAUGAUGCAUUAGUUUCCGAUAUAAUAAGACAUGUUGCUUCAGCUGAAAGAGUUACCAAAGUUUCUUCCAUCUACAUAUCCUCCUCAACCCAAAAAAAUAACAAUAUUGAUACAUUUGAUCUUGUUUAUGGGGACACGCAUGUUACUGAGAAGUUACUUGGGCUGCAAUUUCGAAUUUCACCAAACGCUUUUUUCCAAGUAAACACUCCUGCUGCAGAGAUACUUUACAAAAUAGUUAGAGACUGGUGUGAUAUUGACCAAGACGACUCAUGUGUGUUAGAUGUGUGUUGUGGUACAGGUACAAUUGGUUUAUGUGUAGCAAAUAAUACAUCUUUACCUGUUAUUGGUGUCGAAAUUUCAAAGCAAGCUGUGGAAGAUGCUAAACACAACGCUACAGUUAAUGGUAUUGAAAACGCACGGUUUGUGUGCGGUCCUGCAGAAAAAGUACUUCAGGAUGAAAUUAGAAAAAUCCACAAAAAACACAUCAUUGCAAUUGUGGACCCUCCCAGAGCUGGUUUACACAGGACAGUUCUUCAAUUACUGAGAGCAUGUACAGCUAUCACAAAAGUCAUAUAUGUUUCUUGCAGUGUGAAGCAAGCGACAGAUAAUUUUAUUUCUCUUUGUCGACCAGCUAGCAAAAGGUUUCACGGCAUUCCUUUCAAGACUAAUCGGGCUGUUCCAGUAGAUCUCUUUCCUCAAACACCACACUGCGAAUUGGUUGUAGAAUUGGAGCGUAUCACAGAAAGAUCGAAAAGCAAUUCUGAUACAGAAGAUGUAAAACCAAUAAAGGAGGUUGAGACGGAUGAGAAAGAAGUACAGGAGGGUAUAACAUUUACAGAAAAAGAAAUCAAUGAUUAACACACCUUGUUUUUCCUCUCCAGCAUAUGAUUUUGUUUGUUUUUUUACGUGUCGGAUUUAAUGAAACUGAUGCCUUCAAGAAACACAAAGAAAUAUUUUCGGGUGUUUUGUUUGCUGUUCAAAUAAGAGUCAAUAAAAAGUGCAACGUAAAAUUAAAAGGACUUCCUAUCUAAAAAUGUUUAGUUGGUGUAAAUUAGCCAGUAUAAACAUGUACUAUGUAGAAAAUAUCAAAGUUUAGUAAAGAGCCCUGCACCAAUUGCUGUUUAAAUGCUGUAAAAAAUUCAAGUGCAAAAUCCCCUGCAUUUAAAAGAAAUUAAGUGCACGAGGUAAUAACGUUUCCUAAGAACUUAGUAAUUUGUAUGUUUUGUUCAUUUGGGGACAAGAGUUGCAUAUGUUCGAAAUAGUCAACAUAUCUUACAUCUUUCUUACAGCUUUCACGGUUAGAUACAUGGUCAGACUCUCAACACU